AUGGGCUGCAUUUGCUCAAAAGGAUCUAAUGCUGACGAUUAUGUUGCUGAAAAUGAGGUGGAAAAAGAAAAAGAGCUAAAUAAAUCUCCGGUAAAGAUGGUUGCUCCACUGUGCAGAGAAAAGGUUAUAGGAGGAGUAGUUGACAAACCUAGGACUGAAGGUUCUCUUCAUUCACGAUCUAAGAUGACAUCAGAAUCAAAUGAGAGCUCUUAUAAGCCUGGAAAUGUCGAGGAAAAUGGAAAAACGCGAAUUAUUGAAAGGCCUAAGAAUGGUCAUCAGAGGUUUUCAACUCCGGACAUGGGAGACUGUGGAACGCAACAAACAACGUCUAGGAUUGUUAGUAUGCCACAUGGUGCCAAAGCCGAGCAGGUCUCUGCAGGAUGGCCAUCUUGGCUAGUUUCAGUUGCAGGAGAGGGCAUCCGAGGCUGGGUUCCUCGAAGCGCUGAAUCGUAUGAAAAGCUAAAUAAAAUUGGACAAGGAACUUACAGUAGUGUUUACAAAGCCCGUGACCUGACAAAUGAUAAAAUCGUGGCAAUGAAAAAAGUAAGAUUUGUUAAGAUGGACCCAGAGAGUGUUCGUUUCAUGGCAAGGGAAAUUCUUAUUCUGCGGAAGUUAGACCAUCCAAACAUCAUGAAACUUGAAUCAAUAGUGACAUCAAGGAUUUCGGGAAGCUUGUACCUUGUAUUUGAAUACAUGGAUCAUGAUCUUGCUGGACUUCUGGCCUCACCCAAGGUCAAAUUUACAGAACCACAGGCUUCGAAUCUUCUAGUUGACAACAAUGGAAUUCUGAAGAUUGGAGACUUUGGCUUGGCUAAUUUCUUUAAGCCCGAUCAAAAGCAGCCGUUAACAAGUCGUGUCGUAACUCUAUGGUACAGAGCUCCUGAACUUUUGUUAGGUGCAACAGAGUAUGGAGUUGCAAUUGAUAUGUGGAGUGCUGGCUGCAUCCUUGCUGAAUUGUUUGCUGGGAAGCCUAUCAUGCCUGGAAGAACAGAGGUGGAGCAAAUGCAUAAGAUAUUCAAGCUAUGUGGUUCACCUUCUGAGAAAUACUGGAAGAAAUCAAAAUUACCACAUGCUACUAGUUUUAAGCCACAGCAUCCAUAUAGACGAUGUGUUGCUGAUAUGUUCAAGGACUUCCCUUCAUCAGCUUUGGCUCUUGUAGAUGUACUCCUCUCAGUAGAACCGGAGGAUAGGGGUACAGCUUCUUCAGCACUCAAAAGUGAGUUCUUUACAACAAAGCCUCUUCCCUGUGAUCCUUCUAGUUUACCUAAGUAUUCUCCAAGUAAAGAAUAUGAUGCCAAGCUACGUGAAGAGGAAGCGAGAAGGCGAAAAACUGAGUGUGUAAAAGGAGGUGGAGCUGAAUCUAUUAGGAAUAAUUCAAGACAAUCGAAGGCACAACCAGAGGGACAGGGACAAUCAAAUAAAAGCACCAGUGUGAAGUACAAUUUACAGGAGGACAGUGGAUCUGGCUUCCCAAUCGAGCCACCAAGAGGAAAUCUGAGAAAUGGUUAUUCUCAUUCUAAUUCAAUGAUUCAUCCUAAUGCAGUAGGAUGCUCGCAGAAUAAAAGGGUAAAGGAUGAUUCUAGUCAUAUGUUCCCAGAGCGGACUUGCUCAUCUCAACAUGUUGGAGAGUUGACAAGACAAGGUUCGCAAAUGCGUCCAUCAAUAGUAGACUCCUUCCAUCAUUCAAGGGGUGCUGAUGGAAAAUCUAAUAACGACUCAUUAAGUUAUGUACCAAAGAGGAGCAGGAUCCUCUGCUCUGGACCAUUGAUGCCGCCAGGUGGAAACAUGGAAGACAUGCUAAAAGAACAUGAGAGACAAAUUCAAGAGGCAGUUCGCAAAGCACGUCUAGACAAGGCCAUGACCAAAAAAAACUGCUAUGAGUAG